UUGAAAAACAGCUAGCCUCAAGGACACCUGCAUCCACCAAUGCUACGGCCACGUUUCGGGAGCGUUCGCAGGAACUCGGUCCUUAAAUUGCACCUGAUAGGACACCUAACUAGGUCCUUGCCCACUUUCAUCUUUUCCAAUCAAACUGCAGAUCACGAAUAGAUAGAGCUUGUGCCACCUUUGACCCUCUUUCCCUUGCCAUCAUGUCCGGCGGUCUCUACGAAGUUUACCGACGCUCUGAGCUCGCUCUCCCUGACCUCCCUCAGGUGCUUAAGACUCGUCGGUUAUGGGACACCGUCUUCACCCACAGUGCACUACCUAACGGAAAUAAGGUCCUAGCUACGCUGGGAUACCGCAUUAUUGCCACAUGUGUGACCGAGUGGUUGAUCGAUGCGGAUCCAGCACUGACGAAUUCCGAACUGGCUGUUCGGCUGGGCGAGCGAGUUAACGAACCACUGCUGGCAGCGUUCGCUGAUGAGCAUGCAUUAUCCCCUCGCUUACAAGUCCCCAAAGGCUCUCCAAAAUCCUCACGCCAUUCCACCGAGACCAAGGCUACGUUGUUCGCAGCUUACGUCGGAGCUGUGUAUCGUGAUCAUGGUUAUGAGCUGGCUAAAGAAUGGAUUUUUUCUCUCAUGGAUUGGGACAAUGAUACGAUGCUUCGAAUUCUUCAGCAGCGCUGAAAAUUGGACGUGUAGUGCAGACGCGGCCUUCCUUCCUUCCUUCCUUCCCCUCACGCUGGUCGGCGGGAUCUUAGCAUACCAUCGACGGGGUGAAGUUUUGCCUUAUUCCGGAUCUCCCCUUGUCGUUCAACACAAGAGAAAGCAUCCUUCUUGGCUUGAGUUAUGCUUCGCCUGGGGCAAUCCCGUGUAAUCGUAGCUCAUAUGUUG